AUGUCUGACAACGGCGAAGUCGAGGUCGCGAGCCCCAGCGGCUACCCCGUUCUCCCCAAGGACGUCACCCAGGAGAUCGGUACCGUGAAGCUCUUCAACAAGUGGAGCUACGAGGACGUUGAGAUCCGUGACAUCUCUUUGACCGACUACAUUCAGAUCCGGUCUCCCGUCUACCUCCCUCACUCCGCUGGCCGCUAUGCCGUCAAGCGUUUCCGCAAGGCCAACUGCCCCAUCAUUGAGCGUCUGACCAACUCUCUGAUGAUGAACGGCCGCAACAACGGCAAGAAGCUCAAGGCUGUCCGCAUCAUCGCCCACGCCUUCGAGAUUAUCCACAUCAUGACCGACCAGAACCCCAUCCAGGUCGCUGUUGACGCCAUUGUCAACUGCGGUCCCCGCGAAGACUCCACCCGUAUCGGUUCCGCCGGUACCGUCCGUCGCCAGGCCGUCGAUGUCUCCCCUCUCCGCCGUGUCAACCAGGCCAUUGCCCUGCUCACCAUUGGCGCCCGUGAGGCUGCUUUCCGUAACAUCAAGAGCAUUGCCGAGUGCUUGGCUGAGGAGCUGAUCAACGCUGCCAAGGGUUCUUCCAACUCUUACGCCAUCAAGAAGAAGGACGAGCUGGAGCGUGUUGCCAAGAGCAACCGGUAA